GCUUCAUAACGCACCCGGCAGUAAAAGCCCAUGCGCAGCCCGACUUCCGAUCAGUCGGUGAUCGUUGUUCGUGGCCUGCAGAUCGGAGUGUCCGGUGCCGUGAAAAUGAAAUCAUCCGACACCGGAAGCGACAGAGAUGUAAUGUCUGACGAGUAAACGUCCUCAAAAAUUAAUCGUUAAUUAAAUGUGCGUUAGUGCUUGCGGUUUGAGUAAAGUGAAAAGCGUAAAGCUAUUGACAGGUUUAAUCACAGGGAGGAAUAAAAAUCACGUUAAAUAACGGCUGCGUGUGUAUGCGCCAGGAGUGGAAUUUUUCGUUCCGUUCCGAGGCGCUAUAGAGGACAUGCAGCAGACGCAUCCACAGUACGUCAGCGUGUCCUUUCAACGGCCCCGGGGGCGAAGGAAGCGACACACGAUGAGCACCCCAAGCUGGCGGUAUGGUUUGCGGCGGGUGCCAUCGUUACUGUUGCCCCUGUUGAUCGUGGGCGUUUUCGCUAGUGGGCUAGUUGCAUAUGCAGCUGCCGAACCACGAACGGAUGGUCUCGUCGACAUGAUUGAGCAGUUCGGGAUGCCGACCCUUCCGUCCGGCGUAUCCCCCACGACCGGGAUGUGCAACGGCAGCCGCAACCAGUACCAGCCCCAUCCAGAACCGGCCUACAGCAUGAACCAAGACACGGUGCUCAGCAUACCGACGAUCGAAAGCUUUCCGGAUGGGUUUCCGCUCGAUUUUUCGCUGCUGGUUACGCUACGGGCCAGUCCAAACCUCGAGCGAGCGCCACUGUUUGCGGUGUAUUCGAGCGAUUCGGAUGAGAUACUGAUGUUGAUGGUUGGGCGGGAUGUGGCCCUGUACUACUACGACGGCAAUCCGGAGGAUGACGAGCAGGACCAGUACCAGAACAUGGUCAGCUUCGGUGUGAGCAUCGACGACGGACGGUGGCACCGGUUGGGCGUGAGCGUGAAGGGUAACUCGGUUACGCUGAUCCUGGACUGUGGUACACAGAUUACGCGUCCGCUGAACCGAAGGCCUGGAGUGCCGCUGGUGACCGAUGGGCUCAUCCUGACUGGGGUGCAGCUGAACGAGGAGAAUGGAUUCUUUACGGGUGAUCUCCAACUCUUCAUGAUCGCAAACACACCGGAUGAGGCGUACAACAUCUGCACCAAAUAUGCUCCAGAUUGUCUGGGAGGAUCCGGUGGAGCUUCAACAUCUUCCGGUGGGUCUUCGGGAUCUUCCUCCACAGUAACACGCACCGUCACGAUACAAAGCACACGGACGGUAUCGAACGGUACUGUAGGUGGAUCAGCAAGUCGUACCCAGAGUAGCAGCAGUUCCAGCUCUAGCUCUAGUUCUAGUGCUAGUGGAAGGGCUUCCUCACAAGCGGGUGGUGCCAGCAUUCGUGAUCAGGUGCUGCGAGAGUCAGUAUCCGUUGCAGGUGGAAGUGGUAGUAGUGUAGGAAAUUCACGAUCGAAACAGGCAUCAGCUGCUGCCGCUAGUUCGAGAGGUUCCGGAAGAGACUUCGUUGAUCUGUACGGUGAUGGCGAAGGCCUGGAAGUAAUUGGAGAUGAUGAUGACUACUACAACAAUCUGGAGUUUGGUGGCGAUCUGAGUCGAGUGAAUACUGCUGAGACUGGUGCACGAAAUCGAACUGCUGCCGCUAGUCCAGGAGCGUACGAUCAGCUGCGUCCUGGAGUGCUUCCUCUGCCCGAUCCAGAGUACGAUGCUUCCGCCGGAGGAGAUCCAAGAUUGAGUGGUGCUGGAGGUCCAACUGGAAGUCCUCGCGAUGGUACGGAGAACCGUACCAGGACAGAACCUGGCAAUGGUUAUGGUCCAGAGUUUGAGGAAGAAGAGGACCGAUCAGUUGGAUUUCCUGCCCAAUCUACCGUUACCAUCGUGGGAGGUGUGAAGACCAUUCGAGGACCUCGUGGACCACCGGGAGAACCUGGUCCGAAAGGUGAUCCGGGUCGCGAUGGAUUGAACGGACAAUCAGGACCUCCGGGACCACCGGGCCAUGUGUUCAUGAUGCCACUGACCUCAGCCGGCAAUGAAAAGGGUCCAGACUCGCAGGCAGAAGCACUAAGACAGAUGCUGUCCCAGCAUAUGACGGCGAUGCGCGGUGCCGACGGUCCAAUGGGUUUGACCGGAGUGCCAGGGUCAGUAGGGCCUCCGGGGCCUGAGGGUGCCAAAGGAGAACCGGGCGAUGUUGGUGAACCGGGACCGAUUGGACCUCGCGGAGGUGUCGGAGCAAAAGGACGCGAGGGACGUCGUGGCCGAUCCGGACGAGACGGCGAACGAGGAGCAACCGGGCUGCAGGGUGUCAAGGGCGAGCAAGGCCCUAUCGGACUCCCCGGCUUCCCGGGCGAGAAAGGUGAACGGGGUCGACAGGGUGCGUCCGGAGAGAAGGGAAGCCAAGGACACGAUGGCGCACAAGGCGAAGACGGUCCGCCAGGAUUGCCCGGUAUGCCGGGUGAACUAGGACCGCGUGGAUUCACAGGUCCACGUGGAUUUCCCGGCCCAUCGGGGAAUCCCGGUCUUCCCGGGUCUGAAGGUAUUCCAGGCUCGAAAGGAAACCCAGGCCCCCAGGGUCAACCGGGUGCACCAGGUCAAACAGGUUCUACCGGCCCGGUAGGUCCACCGGGACCGCAAGGAAAUCUUGGACCACCGGGCAUUCCCGGUCCACAUGGAAAACCGGGCCUGCCCGGACUUCCCGGAGCUGAUGGUCCACCCGGUCGUGACGGUAAUCCAGGUAUCGCCGGACCGAAAGGUGAUGUAGGACCACAGGGCGUUCAGGGUCCGAUAGGAUUCCCGGGCAACCGGGGGCCGAAGGGUGACGAUGGUGAACGAGGCUCUGCCGGUGAUAAGGGCGAAAAAGGUGAGCAGGGACACGAUGGCGAUAAGGGCGAUAUGGGAACGCCGGGCGAACGAGGCCAUCCUGGAGUGACGGGAGCACCGGGAUCGGAAGGACCCGAGGGACCGAAAGGUUUCGAGGGACCGCGCGGUGAGACGGGCAUGAUGGGACUGACCGGCGACAAGGGCAAGCAGGGCGUGCAGGGUUUCCCGGGCUAUCCAGGACCGCCGGGCGACAAGGGCGAUAAGGGUUCGUUCGGGAUGGCCGGCCUGCCAGGUGAAAAGGGCGAACGGGGCAAUACAGGACUUCAAGGCGAACGUGGCGAAGUUGGACCAAGAGGUUUCCGAGGACCCCGCGGAAGACGCGGUGCUGAUGGAGCUACCGGCCCCAAAGGUGACACCGGUCAGCCAGGCUCACCGGGCGCACAGGGAGAAAUCGGCAUGCAAGGACCGGAAGGACCGCGUGGCUUUAUCGGACUUCCAGGGCCACCGGGCAAUAAUGGCAAGGAUGGACCCCCGGGAGCUUCGGGCGAACGAGGACCACCGGGUGAAAACGGAAAUCCAGGCCCCAUCGGUGCUCCCGGUGUUGUAGGGCCGCAAGGACCGACGGGUGAGCCAGGACCGGUAGGAGAACCGGGUAUACCAGGAUUGCCAGGGCUUCCAGGCGAACCGGGCGUACCAGGCGACACUGGCAAGGAAGGACAGUCCGGACCACCUGGACCUCCUGGCAAGAAUGGCCCACAGGGAGGUCAGGGUCUGCCAGGAUUCCCGGGCGAACGAGGCAUGAUGGGAAUGCCGGGACUUCCCGGUCUAAAGGGAGAGCUCGGACUACCCGGACUGUCGGGGCCAAUCGGGGACAAGGGCCAACCCGGAGAGCCCGGUAAGGAAGGUCCUCCCGGAGCGGAAGGACGUCCAGGACCGCCCGGACCACCGGGUCCAGGAGGAGCAAAGGGUGAGCGGGGUGAGCAGGGACUGGUUGGACCGGUCGGACGAGACGGUUUGCCCGGACAGCGUGGUUUAGCUGGACCGCCUGGCCCUGUGGGACCACCGGGCGAGGACGGCGACAAGGGUGACAUGGGCCCGCCGGGCGAGAAGGGUUUCAAGGGUGCCCAAGGUGAAGCGGGACCCGUUGGUUCGCCCGGAUCACAAGGAAGUCGAGGAGAACCGGGAGCCGUUGGACCUCAAGGCGAAAAGGGACCUCCAGGAGAGAUUGGACGCACUGGACCGAAGGGUGAGGAUGGACCGACCGGGUUGCCUGGAUCACCAGGACCAGCGGGGCCACAGGGCAUGCCUGGACCUCCGGGUAUGAAGGGAGGUCGAGGUGACGAUGGUCCUCCAGGAUCGAUUGGACCGGCUGGACCACCAGGAGAGCCGGGUCGUCGUGGCCCACGUGGUGCUGAGGGUGGUCCUGGAGCUCCAGGAUCUCCUGGGCCGCAGGGAAUUGCCGGUGAACCCGGUACACAAGGACCUCCUGGACCAAUCGGACCCGAGGGCAAGGAGGGCGAGAAAGGAUCGAUCGGACCGAAGGGUGAGGAAGGAAAGUCUGGACCACCGGGUCCUCCAGGCAAACGAGGGCAGCCAGGCUUGGAAGGACCGAAGGGAGUUGCUGGUCCACCAGGAUUCCCGGGUAAUCCGGGUGAGCCGGGACUUGUGGGACCGAAAGGCGAUGUAGGAAAGGACGGAGACGACGGAAAGCAAGGUGAACCAGGAUUGCCUGGUGAGCCAGGACCACCAGGACCUGCCGGAGAAAUUGGACCCCCAGGAAAACUGGGACCCGAAGGACCUGCAGGACUGCAAGGAACGACGGGAUUGGCGGGCGAAAAGGGCGACCGUGGAUUGCCAGGUCCUCAAGGAAAUCAGGGACUCACCGGCCCUCAAGGAAUGCCUGGACCGCAAGGUCCUCCAGGUCUACGAGGUUCUCCAGGACCAUCGGGCGAAAUUGGUCCCGUAGGUAAACCGGGCGAAAGUGGAGCACCGGGCAAGGCGGGCGAAGUCGGCACCAAGGGCCCGAAAGGUGAUCGCGGGCGCCGUGGCCUGAAAGGACAUCGCGGUGAGCUUGGACUUGUUGGGCUGAAGGGUGACGCCGGCGAGAAGGGUGACAAGGGCGUCCGUGGACUGCCCGGUCCGGAAGGCUCCAAGGGCGAACCGGGCCCGGUGGGACCGCUGGGGCUGAAAGGUAACGAUGGACCACAGGGACCGCCUGGAAACGAUGGUCCGCUGGGUCCGAAAGGCACGGAAGGUGUGGCAGGGCUACGGGGUGAGCCAGGACCUCCGGGACCACCGGGACCGCCCGGACCGCCAGCCGAUGCACCACUUAUCCCACCGGAGCUGCUGUUCCGCAUGAACGAGUUCACCAUGACCAAGGGCGAAGAUCGACAGAAACGUGAGGCUGGCGAUGGGGCGGCAACGGAGCUGGACGACGAGCUGCUCGAGGUGGACGACUUCGACGAGGAGAUACUGAAGGUGGAACCGCGCAAGAAGAGCAAAAAGAAGAAGACAAAAUCGAAGGCGUCGGAUUUGGGACCGAAGUUCCUGGACAUGUACAGCUCGAUCUACUCAAUGCGCCAGGAGCUGGAUCGGAUACGGAAACCGGUCGGUACGCGGGAGAAUCCGGCCCGUACGUGUCGCGAUCUGCACCAUGGACAUCCUCAGUUUAAGGAUGGCUGGUACUGGAUCGAUCCCAAUCUCGGCAUGGGAGAUGACGCGGUGUACGUGUUCUGUAACAUGACGGCGGCAGGCGAAACUUGCGUCUUCCCGGACAUUCACAGCUCGCAGAUGCCGACAAUACCGUGGCGCAAGGAGAACGACAAAACCGACUGGUACUCGAACCUGCGCGGAGGUUUCAGGAUAUCGUACGAAACGGUUGGGACCGUGCAGAUGACCUUCCUGCGGCUGCUUUCCCAGGAAGCGUACCAGAACUUUACGUACGCCUGCAUGAACAGUGUCGCGUGGUACAGCACGAAAGAUGAAAGCUACGACAAUGCGAUACGGUUUUUGGGCGAGAAUGAGAUCGACAUUGGGUAUGACAAUUCGAAGAUCAAACCUACCGUCUUGGUGGACGGCUGCAAGACGGGCCGGAGCAAGAGCGAGACGGUGUUCGAGGUACGCACGCCUAAACUGCAGUAUCUGCCCAUUAUCGACUUCUACCCCGUUGACUACGGACUGCCGCAGCAAGCGUUCGGUUUCCAGGUGGGGCCAGUUUGCUUUAAAUGACAGAGCUUCGAUCGAUUAAAAAAUACAAGCAAAAGGAUAUUUUAUCAUCGUUAAACAUGUAUAUGAUUUGUGAGGUAAUCGGAGCAUAGUUGUUGGUUUAAGAUUAGUAUUUAAAAGAUAAAAAGACACACACACACAACGCGCGAAGCAAGACGAAGAGGAAUCGAGGAUAGCUUAAGAACAUCGAGAUAGUAUUUAGGACGAUAAGAACGAACAUUUACCGAUAGGACUGAGCACAUUUUUUAGUCAGGAGAGGAAUCGACCGAUGAUCAGAGGGAAUAGCAAUCACACACCUUCCAAUCAUUGUCACCAUUGUUGUUAGACCUGUUCUAAGAUGUACAUAGAUAUCUUUCCCCAUUCCACACAUU